AUGUUGGCCAAGGUCCCUGACAUGGAGGAAGUUCGCCUUUGGGUGUUUGCCAUGGACAGAGAGAGUGCAGCUGGGCCAGAUGGGUUUACUGGCAGGUUCUUUACGUUUGCAUGGGAUGUAAUUGCUCCGGACGUGCAUAGAGCAGUGGUGAGUUUCUUUUGUGGCAGUGAGUUGCCUCGGUUCAUAACCUCUACCUCAAUCGCCUUGCUUCCAAAAGUCGUGAAUCCUCAAGAUUUCUUAAAGUUUAGACCGAUUAGCCUCUGCAACUUCUUCAACAAACUGCUAUCCAGAAUUCUGGUGGGUCGGCUAGCUUCGGUGGUGUCGAAAAUUAUAUCCCCUCAGCAAUCAGGGUUUGUCAAAGGCCGUACUUUAACGAAUAACUAUUUGUUGGCUCAGGAGCUUGUGUCGGGCAUCGGCAAGAAGACAAGAGGGGGAAAUGUAGCAUUGAAACUUGAUAUGACCAAGGCCUAUGAUCGGAUGUCGUGGUGGCAUAUUAUUUCCAUGCUGCGUGCUUUUGGCUUUGGAGAGAGUUUGAUUGAUCUGGUCUGGAGACUUAUUUCAAACGUCUGGUUUUCUAUAAUUAUCAAUGGUAAAUCUCAUGGGUAUUUCAAAUCUAGUAGGGGUUUACGUCAGGGGGAUCCUUUAUCACCAGUGCUUUUCAUCAUAGGUUCGGAGAUGCUCUCGAGGGGCCUCAAUGCUCUAGCAUUGCAGCAGGGUUUCAUAGGGUUUAAAGUCCCGCCAGGCUGUCCUGUCGUCACACACUUGACCUUUGCUGAUGACGUGCUCAUUAUUGCGAAUGGUUCCACGGCUGCUUUGAAGCGCGUAAUGCAGGUCCUGGAGGCAUACCAGUUAUCCUCGGGCCAACUGGUAAAUGCUCAUAAGAGUGGUUAUUUGAUCCAUGAGGCGCUUCCUCCAGCUAGGAGGAGGGUGAUCGAGCGGGUUACGCACUUCUCUAGACAGUGGUUUCGAAUUCAUUAUUUAGGCUUUCCUUUGUACACGGGGAGAAGCAAAACAGUGUUCUUUGGGGAGGUGUGUCAGGCGGUCUUGGCUCGAAUUAUGUCUUGGAAGGCAAGGUUGAUAUUUCAUGGGGGGAGAAUAAUCCUGAUAAAGCAUGUUCUGUCAUCCAUUCCUGUCCACUUACUCUCUGCUGCGAUGGGCUCAAUUAUGUCUCCCGGUCGCGGAGGGGGGCGUGGGUUUCAGAAGGCUCCGAGAGGUAUACUCAGCUUUCUCUUGCAAAUUGUGGUGGAGUUUUCGAGCUGGCUCAUCACUGUGGGCAGAAUUUAUGCGGGCAAAGUACUACAAAGGUCUCCAUCCGGGCUAGGUGGAGAUGAGGCCGCACGACUUGCCGACAUGGAAAAGAAUGUUAAACAUAAGUCGGAAGGUGGAACUAUCCAUGGGUUCAACUUCAAGGAUUUCGUUGCAAGUGGCGUUUGGGACAUAAAUAGGUUGGGUCAGCAUGUGCCACAGGAGCUGCUUCAUCAAAUCUUACGGCACCCUGUCCCAUCAGGUGAAAGCCGCGAUGAGGUCAUUUGGCGACUGACCGCGUCGGGGAGAUUCACACUAGCUUCGGCUUUUCAUGAUGUCCGGCAAGCUGGCAACACCUCGGCUCAGAAUAAAGCAUUCUUUGAAGGAACCCAAAUGAGGGUGGUGAAGAUUUUUCAGGACGUCAUGAUAGAGGUGAAGGGGGUGCUGGAAGGUAAGUUCAAGCAGAGAAUUGGGGUACACACGUUUUCUCAGCUGUACGAAUGGACUAAUCAAUCACCCCACUAUAGUUUGCAACUGGUGCGGUGGAGGGCAAUGGGGGAUAGCAUGUUAACGUUAAACACGGACGGAUGCUCCAAGGGUAACCUGGGGGAAAGCGGAGGUGGGGGAAUACUUCACGAUGUGUCAGGAUUGCCAAUUUUUGCUUUCUCGGCAUCGUUCGGGAUGACUUCGAGUAUACGCGCAGAAGUAUUGGCAUUGGGUACGGGUCUCCGGCUAUGCCAACAAAUGGGGUAUGCCAAAGUCAAUAUUCAGGUUGAUUCAAAGGUCUUGGUUGGGAUUCUUCAUCGGGAGCUGGACUGCCCAUGGAUGGUUCGAAGGGAGGUUAACCAAAUUUGGGGUAUGGGUGUCGAAUCGGAGCAGGUUACUCAUUGCUACAGAGAGGCAAAUAGAGUGGCGGACUGUUUGGCCAAUGUGGGGGUUGUUGCUGGGGGACUGGGGGUUACUGUCUAUGAUCAAUUCAGUGCAAUGCCAGGGUUAGUACGGGGGGAAGUUCGCUUAGAUAGGGCAGGCAUCCCCUCGGUCAGAAGGAGGAGAGUAGGAUAG